AUGUACUCAUGUACCUUAUCACUUCAAUACAUCAAACCGCUAACAAAUGAUCACUUAUUACCCUCAACAGGCAUACACGCUCGCACAGACAGGCAUGAGCCCGGCUACCAACGCCGCAACGGCGUCACCGGUAGCCACAGAGUUCCCCAUGGCGGCCGUUUCUCCGCACUUCUAGUCGUGAGGGACCGUGUGUACUUCAAGCUGCAGACCGACUACCUGCCAGGAUUCCUGCAGAGUGAUCUGAUGUGGGCGUGUGCACUGAGUACCGGCGCACGGAAGAGACAGUCCCCGGCCCAUCGCGUGAACCGGAAGCUGUUUGACGAGUCACUGUCGGCCUCGUAUCGGACCAACACCUUCACAAUGCCCAUCGAUUCCAUGAGCACCUCCGAACUUUGGGAGCCGUCCGCUAUCUCCCGCACACGCGCAGGAAGCAUCGUUGGUGACACCGUUGCACGCAGGCGGGCCAACACUAUGGAAGAUAGCCCCACAGUCAACAAUGCCGUACGCGUCGCUCGAUACGGGUCGUACAAGGAUAACAAGGACUGGGACAUGCGCACAGAGAUCAGCAGAGAGAUGUCUGGGAUGAAUGUGAACGAGCGCGUGCUGCAGGCGGAUGAGAAGAUACCCCUGAAGAAUCUGUUAGAGGAAGCGGCUCUAGAGGGCUUUCCCAAUACAAGCAGCAAACAGCCGCCGUGGAAGUGUGAACUGGUCGCCGGGGGGUGGAAGGCGAAUAUAUGCAACGCCUAUCUGGUGCAUACCAAGACACCUUAUAUCCUAUAUGUGAUCCGCCUGGAAGAGUGUGUGGACUCUAUGGCUGCAGAUGGCGUGUUGUCGGCCAAAGGGUCGCGCGUGUGGGUGGUCGGCCGACGGUACAGUGAAUUUCGCCGCCUGUACAAGAUGAUCCGCCAGAGCAACCCCACGUGGGAGUCCUCCCUCGUCCUCCCCGGCAAACACUCUCUCAAGGACAACACCAAGAACACCUUCAUCAUCAAACGCAUGGCUGGGCUGCAGCACCUUCUCAGUAGUGCGUUGGCCCAUCCAGCGGCGUGCUCGGUACCCGCGCUGCGUAUGUUUCUCACCCCGAAGCAAGACCUGUCGCUUCUGAAGAUGGCGCUGAAAAUAGGCGACCCGGUGGAGCUGUCACCGCAUCCGCUGUUUGAAUCGCAUACGGCAUCGAAUACUCCUCCCAUGCAGAGCAUGGGUACCCCGCACCCGCCACCAACCGACUUCUCGCACAGGACCUCUUGCAGUGAUCUAGAGCCCGACCAAUUCGACGCCGACCGUAGUGACCGUGAUGACCGUGGUGAGAAGUUUCUCUCCAAACUCAGUCUCACCAGCGAAAGCUAUAGUAUGAUCUCUUCCCAGUCCGACCUCAACCGACCGCUCUCGCCCGUAUCCUCGGGCAUGAGACACACGGCACUCGUAGACCGCCUAGGACCCUUGUCAACAAACACAGCCAGCAACUAUAAUGCAAACACAGAAACACAGGCCACUACUGCUACUACAACUACUACGGCCACCCAAACCCAGCGCACGCGCACGGCAUCGAGUCCCAGGCCCAGCUCCCUCGCACAGACUCGCACAGUAUCCUCCACCAUAGACGACCAUGAUGUGUUUGGGAUCACGCUCCGAAGCGACAGCCGAAGCUCUUGCAAAGCGGUGGAAUCUCCCAAGCGCCACAGUAAGGCAACCAAGAAGCUGAGUGACCUGUCAUCGCCUCCUCCAGUACUGAUUCCGGUGCCGGCUACGCCACCUCCCCUAGAGAGACCGCAGAUGACCACAGGCCCUUUAAAAGGCCCACAAAUAGGUAAAUAUGGCCCCAAUACUUCUGGGGCCGAUGCAGUGUACUCGCCCACAUACCAUGAUGACGACGAGGACGGGUUUGUGGUGGUAGGUCUAGGCAAGGACGGCGAUGGCACGUGGACCAAGAAACCAAAGCGAAAGAGUGUAAUACUGGAGGCUACCGCUCACACUCACAGGAGCGAUGAACUGUUCGGUGCUCAUAACGACAUGGCUGGUCCCGUGCCCGAUGCCACGAACUCGGGUGUCCUGCACAAUUGGGCCAUGGGGUCGAUUAUAUCCCUGAUGAGAUCGGCUUUUAGACCCGCCUGGCGUAAGCCCUGGAUACGGCAACCGUUGCUAUUUAUAGAAUCAUUUUGGUCACCGGUUGUGGAUACUCUGGGUACCCGGUUAAUAUGGCUGAUAGUGGGCUCGGAAUUGGAACCCGCCCGUCUCUGCGACACUAUCGACCUCAUUAGCCUCAAACUGUUCACCGGCGAGCCAGCGCCUACUUUGACUGAGGACGAAAUGGCAGCCCUCAGAACAGACUCCAAGCGAUUACUUCAGGAGGCCAUGCCUGGGGUGUUGAAGCUAGUGUUGGGACCUGCAACUUUAAAGAACGGCUUGAGCACGACACACCAAAUGCUGCAACAUGAGCCGCUGAACCACCACCUAAUAUACAUAUUACUGGAUGUGAUACUCGCGUACCUUUUCCCAGAUGUAUUCGAACCACCGGAUAUCAUGGAUUAUAAUAACGAUAUUUAAAAAGGAUGUCAUACGAG